GAUGAUCAUUCAUAUUCCUUUUUCAUAGCGUUAAGCCGUGUUCGUUAAAAUAACGCAUCUAAAAUAUUAAUAAAUUGACUUUUUGUUGUGAAAUUCAGGAACUUGCUGUAAUUUAAAACAUUCUAAAUGGCAAAUAAUGGCGGUUGGUGUGGACGGGGUUUCAAACCACGCACUUUCCCGAAGCAUUCACCUUUAAUUUGUUACAAUAAACCUGCCUCGGCGCAGGUCAAUCAAAAGGUCUAUGACGAUAAACGGUUUGCCGCGCUAUCAGGUGAGCUCGUAGAGACAUUGGUUGUACCAAAACGCACUGCACGCACUUGGACAAUGCUGGCGGGGGAUUUAUGCCGAGUCACGGUUUGCGAAGGCUCACAAGUGGGUGACGUGAACUUAUGGAACUUGGAGAAUACCAAGGAGCACUUCUAUUCGGGUAAAACACGUCAAUUGCACAGUACACACUUGAAAGUUUACGAUCGUUUGUGGAGUAAUUUACCUUAUUUACGUCCGAUGGCCACUUUCGUUCACGACUCUCUGGCAAGUUAUGGUAUUGAUGAGGAUGGUGGCUCUUUGCAUGAUGUGAUCGGCACGCGUUGCGAUGACUACACUUACAAAUUGAUAACGGGCAAAGAUCGCAUUGGUAGUUGCCAUAGUUCGUUGACGAAAGCUGUGGUGGAGGAGCGUGGUAUGAGUGAAGAAGAUGUACAUGAUGUGUGGAAUAUUUUCAUGUGUACUGGUUUCACAAGAGACACUCAACAAUAUUUCUGCAAACCUAGUCCAGCUCGUAAAGGUGAUUAUAUUGAAUUUAUUGCCGAUAUGAAUCUGUUGGUAGCAUUGAGCGCUUGUCCACAAGGUGAUGUUUCUAUAACAGUGGGCGAGGAAGUACCUGUUGAUGUCUGUCAUCCACUAAAGGUCGAAGUUUUUCGUCAAAAGCUAUAAUGCCAUUAAAACGGCGCUUGAAUCUAAUUUUGAAUUUGAAUUAUUCAUAAAUCUCUUAAAUACAAUUUUUAAA